CUCUCUCUUUCAUCAAGCUUUAGCAACUCCUCCGGUAAUUCUGAUUUCUUCUUCCUCCUCCACUUGGUUUGAGAUGGAUUGUUCUGAAGCGCGUCUAGAUAAAAUUGAGUCACAGAGUUCAACUGAGUCGUCUCAAGACCAAAGGAGACAAGGAUGCUUCUCCAUGAAUAAGAUAAACAACGGCUUUCGCACACUCAGUUCACGAGGUUUCCUUCGAGCCAGAGGAAAAGCCAAAGACACUGAGUCUGUACCGGAGUAUCUUAUUAAUCUGAGAUGGUCGGAUCUUUUUGAUCUCCCUGGUGAAUAUGUGGUCAUGAAUGCGGUGAUGCUAAGCACACUGAGUGAUGGGAACGAAGAAUGGCUGGAAAAAAUGAGAAGCCUUGGAACACCACUAGCAUGUCUCAAGAACAAUCGAGGAGAUUCUGUUCUUCAUCUUGCUGCUACAUGGAGUCAUCUAGAACUAGUGAAGAGUAUUGUCUCCGAAUGGCCAUGCCUUUUAUUGGAAGCAAACUCGAAGGAUCAACUUCCGCUUCAUUUGGCUGCUCGUGUUGGCCAUUCAGCAGUUGUUGAGGCUCUUGUAGCGUCGGUAACAUUUUUUUCUGAUAAACUGGUGGAAGAAGAUAGGGAGAGGCUGAAUCCAUAUGUUCUAAAGGACAUAAAUGGAGAUACUGCUCUGAACUUGGCCUUGAAAAGACGCUAUAUGGAGGUUGCUCUCUUUUUGGUGAAAGCGAACCAACAAGCUUCGUUUCUUGCAAGUAAAGACGGAAUAUCUCCCUUGUAUUUGGCAGUAGAAGCUGGGGAUUUGUCCCUUGUAAAAGCAAUGUUAGGGAAUAAUGGUACGGAAGGGACAAAUUUUAACUUAGAAGGGAGAAAAUAUCUUGCACACGCAGCUUUGAAGUCCAUGAGUACAGAUGUCCUUGAAGUUAUUCUUAAUAAAUAUCCAAGUGUAGUGGAUGAGCGAGAUGAAAAAGGAAGGACUUGUCUUAUGUUUGGAGCAUCAAUGGGAUACUAUAAAGGAGUGUGCAAGCUCUUAGAAAGAUCAACAGAGAGUGUUUUUGUAUGUGAUGAUGAUGGAUCCUAUCCAAUCCACAUGGCAGUAGAGAAUAGUCAUAUUGAAGUUGUCAUUGCGAUGCUGCAACGGUGUCCAUAUUCAAAGCAUCUGCUAAACAGAAAAGGACAGAACAUCCUUCACAUCGCAGCUGAAAGUGGGAACCUUUCAAUUCUAGACCACUUAACUACAUGUGAAAGUACAUACUACCAUCUGAGUAAUGAGCAAGAUGUGGAUGGGAAUACACCUCUGCAUCUAGCAACCAUAAAGUGGCGGCCUAGAGCUAUUCAUUGCCUUGCAGGGAAAAAGAACCUGUUAACACAGAACAAUAAGGGAUUGACAGCUCUGAAUAUUGCCGACGUAAAUCUGCAACCCCAUUACAUCUUUCGGGAGAGGUUGACACUGAUGGCCUUAGCAGAUGCUCAGUUCAAAAACUAUCCUACAUUUAGGGAUACACCACACACCAUGGGGCUAACUAGACCAAUAAAGCCUAAGGAUGGCGGAAACAAAGAUUACAUCAACGCUCUUCUAGUAGUGGCAGCUCUUAUAGCGACGGUGACGUUUACUGCUGGAUUUACUAUACCAGGUGGAGUCAGAAGCUCAAAUCCAAACUUGGGCAUGGCAAAUCUAGUAACUAACCCUUGUCUCAUCGCUUUCCUGAUAUUUGACAUUAUGGCACUGGAAACCUCAUUUAUGUCUGUAGUUUUUCUCAUAGUGGUGCAAUUAGGUGAUCCUGCGUUAUAUCAUAUUUCCGUCCAGGCGGCCAUGCUAUGUCUGUAUUUGGCUAUAUACUUCAUGAGCUUUGCCUUCUUUUUCGCCAUGGUUAUUGUAGCUGGGAAUGCUACAUGGCUUCUUUCCAUCUACAUCUAUUUGACUAUCCCCACAUUGAUGUUGAUGCUCUCAACGUUUAUACCUCACGCUCUUCUACAUAGGUCUGGCUUUCGUUCUAGGUUGUUGUGGUUUCUAGUGUAUCUUGGGAAUUCAAUUGAUGACGGCGGAAACCAAAGAAGGCCUCUGCGCGAAGUUCUCUGGAGAUAUUAUAUAUCCAAAUUUGGACCAAAUGUCACAAACUAUAGAUAAAAAUAAACAAAGUAAAAAAGGGAAUGCUUCUUUCUGAUGCACCUUUUACGUUUUCUUAUUUAGUUCCUCUAUAAUGUUGAAUAAUUUGGAUUGUCUUUUCUUUCUAAACAUGCAUUUCCGGAUUUGCUUCUAUGUGAGCUAGAGUUUGGUUUUAAAGUGUACUUGCGUUUGUUUUUG